UACAUUCGGUCGAUCCUAGCGACCGUUGCGAAUGUCUCCUUGAGGCGUCAUCACGGAGAAGUCGUCCGGACGGUCCUAAGAGGGUCGCAAGCAGAAUUGAGAAUGCGACGAUUCAUCAUCACCGUGCUUCUGCUCUCCGUUCUGAACUCGGUUACAGGUGAAAACUGUUAUCCCAAAAAGUUCAACAGCUCUUCUGUCGUUUGUGUUUGCAACGAGAACAACUGUGGUGAUAUAGGGAAAGUGAAAGCGGAAGAUGGCAAAAUUGCGCUCUACCAGAGUUCGAUGUCUGGCGAGCGUCUCCAGAGGAGCACGGUGGACUUCCUCUCCGGUGCUCCCGCCGCUGAGCGAGAUCUGACCGUGAGCCUCAUCAACACACAUCUACAGAAGAUAAUAGGUUUCGGCGGAGCUCUCACGGAUGCCGCUGGAGUUCACUGGGCUGGGUUGGGUUCGACCCUCCAAAAACGACUCCUACAAUCUUAUUAUGGGCCAGAGGGCUUAGAGUACAACAUGGGCCGCAUCCCGAUGGCUGCCUGUGAUUUUUCAACGAGAGACUACACGUACGCCGACACGCCCGGAGACUUCGAACUCAAGAACUUCGCUCUCGCUAAAGAAGACCUCGAACUGAAGAUUCCGAUGAUUCAGUUCGCGAAGAACGUCAGUAAGGAGGAGAUAUACUUCUUCGGAUCUCCAUGGGGGGCCCCUGCUUGGAUGAAGACGAAUGAAAAGACGUAUGGCAAGGGCACUCUGAAAGGAUCCCCCGGAGGGCAAUACUUCAAGUCGUGGGCCAACUACUUCGUGAAGUUCUACGAGUCGUACAAGGAGCAUGGGAUCACAAUGUGGGGUUUCACGGUGCAAAACGAGCCGACAACAGGAUUCAAGCCAUGGCCUUGGCAGACCGUGGCCAUGAGCCCCUACACCGAGCGUGACUUCCUUAAGAAAGACCUCGGUCCCGCGCUUUUCAAGGCCACGAGCAACUCGAUCAAUAUCAUGGUCCUAGACGACAACCGUGUUGUCUUGCCCUGGUGGGCGAAUGUCAUCUUUAGCGAUCCGGAGGCGAAUCGAUACGCGGCGGGCCUCGCGGUUCAUUGGUACACGGAUACCCUGAGGAACAGCUCGGACUUGGAAAGCAUCCACAGGGACUUCGGGGACAAGAUCAUCGUGAAUACCGAGGCCUGCGAGGGUUUCGAGUUCUUGAUCACACCCGUGAUCCUGGGGAGCUGGGAGCGCGGUGAGGCGUACGCUCGAGACAUCCUCGAAGAUCUCCGGCACCAUGUGAAUGCUUGGGUUGAUUGGAAUUUGUUCCUCAACACUGAGGGAGGCCCUAACUGGGCAGGGAAUCGCGUGGAUUCGGCCAUUAUUGUGGAUACGAAAACUUCGACCUUCUAUAAGCAGCCGACGUAUUACGCGAUCGCUCAUUUCAGCAAAUUCAUCCCCAGGGGAUCGGUCAGAUUAGACGACGCUCUCGACGGUUCCCAGGAGAAAUUGACUGUUGUGACUUUCCUCCGUCCUGACAAGCUCAAGGCGACAGUUAUUUUGAAUAGGAACGAUUCAGUGAAGAAAGUUUUGAUAAAAGGCUUAGAUGGCAAGUCUUUCAUGGUCGAAGCGACUGCGCGGUCCAUCACCACGGCUCUUUGGUGAAAUAUCGAACCGAAUCCUCUCAAUAAAAGCAGGGAAUCGUGA